AUGUUGGAGAUAGGAAUUUAUGAGGAAAGGAGACAAGAAAUAUGCACAAAGAGGACAUCACCUCUAUGUUGUCUGCUUGGUAGUAUCUUUGUGAAAAGGAAAAAUAAGAAGGCAAACCGUUUGUGGAAAGGCACGUGGAAUGCAUUCCACAGACAAGAGAAUAUG